AGGCGCCCAGAAGGACGGAAGGGCCUCGGAGUCUAGCCAGCCUUCUCGCUAGUAGAGAUCUCAAGAUGGCGGCCUCCUGGUCGCCCUUGGUUACCCUGCGCUUAGUGCAGAGCCGGCUGAGAGGGAGAUGUAUUGGGUGCGGGGCCCGGGCUGCUGCUCUCGCCCCUCCGGCCACCGCCCCUGGAAACACCUUUUGGAAAGCCUAUACAGUUCAGACACCUGAGAUUACAUCUCCGAUUGCGGCUACAGAGCUUUAUGCAAAAGCUUUGGCUGUUUGCCAUGGCCCACUGGACCACUAUGACUUUCUGAUCAAAGCUCAUGAGCUAAAGGAGGAUAAGCAUCAAAGAAGAGUCAUACAGUGUUUGCAGAAACUACAGGAGGACCUCAAAGGAUACAGGAUAGAGGCAGGAGGCCUUUUUUCAAAGCUUUUUUCAAGGAGCAAACCUCCAAGGGGCCUGUAUGUUUAUGGAGAUGUUGGUACAGGGAAAACAAUGGUGAUGGACAUGUUUUAUGCUUAUGUGGAGAUGAAGAGGAAGAAGCGGGUUCAUUUUCAUGGUUUCAUGCUAGAUGUUCAUGAAAGAAUACACCGCCUUAAACAGAGUUUGCCAAAAAGGAAACCGGGAUUCAUGGCUAAAUCAUAUGACCCAAUCGCUCCCAUAGCUGAAGAAAUCAGUGAAGAAACAUGUCUCCUAUGUUUCGAUGAGUUUCAGGUCACUGACAUUGCUGAUGCCAUGAUUCUGAAACAGCUUUUUGAAAAUCUGUUCAAAAAUGGGGUCGUCGUUGUGGCAACAUCCAACAGGCCACCGGAAGAUCUCUAUAAAAAUGGACUCCAAAGAGCUAACUUCGUACCAUUCAUUGCUGUCCUAAAGAAAUACUGUAAUACGGUCCAGCUCGAUUCUGGGAUCGACUACCGGAAAAGGGAACUUCCUGCCGCAGGAAAACUCUACUAUCUCACAAGUGAAGCUGAUGUGGAGGCUGUCAUGGAUAAGUUGUUUGAUGAGCUGGCUCAGAAACAAAAUGAUUUAACUAGACCAAGGAUUCUAAAAGUGCAAGGCAGAGAGCUGCGGCUGAAUAAAGCCUGUGGAACUGUUGCCGACUGCACAUUUGAAGAGCUGUGUGAGAGACCACUUGGAGCCAGUGACUACCUGGAACUGUCAAAGAAUUUCGAUACAGUAUUCUUACGAAACAUUCCCCAAUUUACACUGGCCAAGAGGACGCAGGCUCGAAGAUUCAUCACUCUCAUUGAUAACUUCUAUGAUUUCAAGGUGCGCGUCAUCUGCUCUGCAGCGACCCCUAUAGGAAGCUUGUUUUUGCAUCAACAUCAUGACAGCGAGUUGGAGCAAAGCAGAAUACUGAUGGAUGAUUUGGGGCUGAGCCAGGACUCAGCAGAAGGACUCUCUAUGUUUACUGGAGAAGAGGAAAUCUUUGCAUUUCAGCGCACACUUUCCCGACUCACCGAAAUGCAGACGGAGCAGUACUGGAAUGAAGGGGACAGAAGCAAGAAGUAACCAUCGCUUUUGCGUGAAUAAAACUCGGGACAAAUGAUUACGGCAGGGAGAACUCUUUUUUAUGGGACUUGAAGGAAUCAUUUUUCUCAUCAUUAAUUAUGUACUUUGUCCUCUGGACCAUU